UAUAAAUGACCGCCAUUUAAAAACCCUGCAGAAACUUAUUUCGAAAAAAGCAUGUAGAUUUUAACCUAUGGAAGACCAAUGAUUAUUUCUUUAUGAUAAAUUUUUAAUAAUAAAAUAACAUGCUAUUAUAGUUCACAAAAUAUUUCGACGAUUUGAUGCUUAGCAUGUUUGCUAAAAUUCUUGUGAUUUGAAAUUUAUUUUGCAGAAAUAUUACGAAAUUAAUAUUUCCAAGUUGAUAAUUUUAUUUCUAGAAUAAAAGUAUCAUACCGCUCUUCAUUGCCAGAACCUCCGCCACCUAUUAUGAAUAAGCCCAAUGCUAAAAAGAUGCAAAAUGUUAUUCUCAACGAGCUUGCAGAAAUAAAAGUUCUUUUAAAAGAAGUUAUAGAAAUUAAGUUUCAGGUUACUGGGGUGAAGUUGCUAGAAUCAGUGGACGAAGUGGUUACACUAGAUAUUAAACUAAAAGAUAAAACCGAGUAUACUAAUUUGCUUGAUAGUUUGAAAAAGAUUGGUGGUGGAAAGCCUAGAGAACAUGUUUUUUUGAUCAUGAAAAGGUUAUUUUCGAAUCAGUUACAGUCCAAAUUUAAUCAAAAAGGAAAUGGGGAAAAGAUAAGCUUAGAAAAUAUAGUAAAUAUAUGAAGUGUUUUACGAGAUAUCGGCGACGUGGAAGAAAAUGUUGACGGCAAUGCAGAAAUAUAGUUUCUUAUGUAUAUUUUUGUGAAAUAAAAAUUAAGUAAUGUUAGUUAAAA